CUGGGCGGGAGGCGAUGCAAGGCGAUGCAGGCGAUGUUCGGCGCUGUCUGUUGCUGUGUGUGACUGCCCCGCGAAGUGUGUCAUGGUGGUGAAGGGGACCUACUUAACUCGGACGCGGAUCGGCCAGUUGGUGGUAGGGCUUUUGCAGAUCCUGCUGCUUUUUCGCGAGGGUGCCCAGCUACGAACUUCUGUAGGGAGGUGUGUCGGCUUGGAUCUUCUUCUUCUUCUUUUCUUGGUUAUAUGCGAAAGAAGGAUUGUUUGAAAAGAUUUGCGCAUUUUGAAGGGAAGAAUAAGAGGUUAUUCUGAUAUUUGUGUUCCGUUCAAGAUGUUCGGGUUCGGCGAUAAGAAGGCCGCAGCGAAUGCAGAAUCGCCUAUCUCGUCAGUCAUUGACGAUGCUGGUGUUCCUGGCGAGAAGACGUUCUACGACAACAAGGACGCGGAGGGCAACGAUGUCGUCGACGCCAACGCGCCCGCCGUGUGCCCGCCUCAUACGACCGAGGCGGCGCUGAUGCGCAGGGUCGACAUGAGGGUCAUCCCGUGUCUCUGCGUGCUAUACCUCCUCGCCUUCCUCGACCGCGUCAACAUUGCCAAUGCGAAGUCCUUCGGCCUGGUCGAGGACCUCCACCUCAUCGACGAGACCGGCAAGACAUCGAGCGUCAAAUACAACACCGCCCUUACGAUCUUCUUCGUGCCAUACAUCUUCUUCGAGAUCCCUGCCAACAUCCUACUCAAGAAGCUGCGCCCGCACGUCUGGCUUUCAGGCUGUAUGUUCACCUUCGGCCUCGUCUCCAUCUGCCAGGGCCUCGUGCAGAACUACUCCGGCCUCCUCGCCACGCGCUUUUUCCUCGGCAUGAUGGAAGCAGGCAUGUUCCCCGGCUGCUUCUUCCUCAUCGGACUAUGGUACAAGCGCACCGAAGCGCAGCGCCGAUACUCCUUCUUCUUCUCCUCCACCACCCUCGCUGGCGGCUUCGCCGGCCUCCUCGCCUCCGCAAUCGGAAAGAUGGACAUGCUGAGCGGCUACCGCGGAUGGCGCUGGAUCUUCAUCCUCGAGGGCGUGCUGACCUGCGUCGUCGCCAUCAUGUUCUUCUUCAUGCUUCCCUCCUUCCCCGAGGACGCGAAGUGGCUCACCGAAGACGAGCGCGCGUUCGUCAUUGGCCGUCUGCGCGUCGACCAGGGCCGUUCGGCGGCGGAUCGCAGCAUCACCCUCCGCGACGUCGGGCGCGUCUUCAAGGACUACAAGAUCUACCUCGGCGGAAUCAUGUAUUUCGGGCUUAUCGUCCCAGCCUACUCGUACGCCUUCUUCGCACCCGCCAUUAUUUCCAGCUUGAACUACAGCCCCAUCCAGACGCAGCUGCGCUCCGUCCCUCCGUGGGCUGCUGCAUUCGGGUUUUCCAUGAUUGUAGCUUGGUUCAGUGAUCGCACAGGUCACCGCUUCGCUUUCUGCCUUCUCCCGAUGUGCGUCUCGAUGGUGGGUUUCGCGAUGUUGUUCCACAUCCACAACAACGUCAUGGCGCAGUACAGCGCGCUCUUCCUGAUCGCCAUGGGCACCUACAGCGCCAUGCCAGUGAUCGUGUGCUGGUUCAAUAUGAAUCUCGGCGGGCAUCAUCGCCGCGCUGUCGGCACGGCGUGGCAGGUUGGGUUUGGAAAUAUCGGCGGUAUCAUCGCGACGUAUAGUUUUCUGGAUUCGGAUAAGAAGAAUCACUACAGGAAUGGGUAUAGCAUCUGCAUUGGCUUCAUUUGUCUCAGUGCUGCGGCGUGCUGUGCGUAUGCUGUUGCGGUCGUGUAUGAGAACCGGAAGAGGGAUAGGGAGGUUGGGACGUCGACUUUGACGGAGGAUGAGAAGGCGGAGCUGGGGGAUCUGAGCCCCGAUUAUCGCUAUCUGUUGUAAAUAAAACUUAGCGUUCGCUGCGAUUUAUGCGUCUACAUAAUCUUCGUUUUGUAUUAUACUAUAGCUAAUAUACUGCGGAUCUUUUCGUAAUUUUGGUGCGAAUGGUUGGGAGUUUACAUAUCCGCGGGAAGAGAGACGCUUAUGAAAUGAUGGCGGCCAGUGA